AUGACUAUAAAGUUAUUACUAGUGGCAUGUCUAUCAAUAAAUGCGGUAAACUGCUUUUUUGACAUACAAGAAAUUAUGUCCAAAGUAAUGACCAAGCUACCUAAAGAUUUCUCUGUCGCUAUCAGAGACAUAGCAGAGGGACUUCCAGCCAAAACUAUCACGAUUGUCAGAGGUGAAACGACUAAUAUCAGAUCCCAAGACAUAUUCGAACUGUUUAGCUUGUUGAACGAGCAUAACAUCCAAGUUAUUAAUCUAGAUGUUGGCACGAAACACAACAGAGACAAGUACUAUGGUUUCCUGAAAAAAGCUCUCGACGUGUCUGAAGAAAGAACGAGUCUUAUACUUUGCCAGCCUCUUGAAUGCGAGAGUAUUCUUUCACAACUAACAGAAGCAAACUUGAUUCACCGCACAAUCCUGUAUAUUUUCUUCUGGCCACUCGGCCCCGUGAGUGAGAAGUUCCUAUCCACCAUCAAAGAAGCCAUGAGAGUAGCAGUCCUCACCCAUCCAAGAGAAAGUGUGUUCCGUAUAUAUUACAACCAAGCGACUCCUGAGAGGCUGCAUCAUCUGUUCAUGGUGAACUGGUGGUCAGGGAGGCUAUACAAGUCACCGGUAUUACCGCCUGCCGAUAAAGUAUACCUAGACUUCAAAGGCAGAGUCUUCGAUGUCCCAGUACUUCAUGCGCCGCCGUGGCACUUCGUGAAAUACUACAACGACUCCACGGUGAACGUGACCGGUGGACGAGACGACAAACUGCUCUCCCUUAUAUCUAAGAAGCUUAACUUCAGGUACAGAUAUUACGAUCCGCCAGACCGAAGUCAAGGUGCCAGCAUAUCAGGCAAUGGUACUUUUAAAGGAACAUUAGGAUUGAUUUGGAAACGUAAAGCCGACUUCUUCUUGGGCGACGUGACGAUGACUUGGGAGCGUCUCCAGGCUGUCGAGUUCUCCUUCUUGACUCUCGCUGACUCCGGUGCUUUCCUCACACACGCCCCCGCGAAACUGAGCGAGACAUUAGCGAUCAUCAGACCGUUCCGAUGGGAGGUAUGGCCGCUAGUAUGUGCUACGGUGUUAGUAACAGGUCCAGCACUAUGGGUGGUGAUCGCCGCUCCGUCGCUAUGGCAACGCCGUCGGAGGGACCAGUUAAAGCUGCUGAACAACUGUUGCUGGUUCACCACUACGCUAUUCUUGAGGCAAUCAUCAAGCAAAGAGCCAUCGAAAACCCACAAAGCGCGUCUAGUGUCAGUGCUCGUUUCUCUCGGAGCCACCUACGUCAUCGGGGACAUGUAUUCAGCGAACCUCACCAGUCUACUGGCACGGCCUGCAAGGGAACAGCCGAUCGGGACCCUGCCGGCCCUAGAGGAAGCCAUGAGAGAUCGAGGUUACGAACUGGUGGUGGAAAGGCACAGCUCUUCUUUGGCGAUUCUCGAAAAUGGAACGGGCAUAUACGGCCGUCUCGCUCGCCUGAUGCGCCGGCAGCGGGUGCAGCGCGUGCGCAGCGUGGAAGUGGGCGUGAGGUUGGUGCUCACGCGCAGACACGUCGCCAUCCUCGGUGGAAGGGAGACGCUGUAUUACGACACUGAGAGAUUUGGUUCUCACAACUUCCACCUCAGUGAGAAACUUUACACAAGAUAUUCAGCCAUAGCGUUUCAAAUAGGGAGUCCGUAUUUGGAAACAUUCAACAACGUGUUGAUGACAUUAUUCGAGGCUGGUAUAUUGGCGAAAAUGACAUCGGAUGAAUAUAAGAACUUGCCAGAACAAUCGAGGAGGUCGGAGCCCGUCACAGAGAGUGAUAGACAGAACAGUGACGUCACCGGGGACUCCCCCGCCGCGUCUCAGACGCAGGGAGAGCCCACAAAGGGGUUGGAGCCGGUCUCAUUAAGGAUGCUGAGGGGUGCCUUUUGUUUGCUGGGCAUUGGACAUCUCUUGGCUGCUAUAGCUCUAGGUGUGGAAAUCCAGAUACAUCGUCGGAGUAAGAAAUGUAUGCGAGUCAAUAUGAGAUCAGAACACAAACAUUCAACUAAGGAGAGCAUGUUCAGGAGAGCGAAUAAGCACAUCAGACGUAUCUGUAGGAGGAUACUCAGAUCUAUGUGCAGGCUAAUCGAUAGAGCUUUAGGACCUACCACUUAA